AAACAGUCAACAACUAGGCUACACAAACCAAAAGUCAAGCUACAGUUGACGUUGAAUCGUGUUCCCCAAUUUGAUUUCCGAAUAUUCGUGCAAAAAUGGAAGAAUUGGUACCCAAGUCCAAUUGGGUUCGUACGUUUUGCAAGCAAUACGAAAAGAAGUUUUUCGUAGAGGUGGACGAGGAGUUCAUGAGAGACAAGUUCAAUCUCUUAUUCCUGGAGGGCGAGAAUUAUCAGAGGAGCCUCGCUGUGAUCCUCAACGAGUCCGAGUCCGAAGCUGGAAGCAAAUGUGAUAUAGAGGACGCGAAGCUCUACGGGCGUAUCCACGCCAAAUUCAUUCUCACAGAUGACGGCAUCGAACUGAUGUACAAGAAGUUCGAAAAAGGCGUCUUUGGCACAUGUCCACGCGCCUUAUGCACUCGUCAGAAAGUUCUUCCCAUUGGCAUGUGCGACAUACCUGGCAACGAGAAGGUGCGUCUCUACUGCCCCAAGUGCAAUGAGGUCUACAUACCAAAAUCUGCUUGCUACACCAAGGUCGACGGCGCCUACUUUGGCCGCAACUUUCCCCAAAUGCUAUUCAUGGCCAAGCCAUGGGCACGACCCAAGCGCUCCAAGGCCAAGUAUGUGCCCAGCCUGUUUGGCUUCAAGAUUCAUCCCCAGGCAUUCGGCUCUGAGUCCUCUGACCAUGAGGAAGCUGAUAAUUAAGUGUACAGCGCCCUGCCCUAACCAUACAUUGAUGGUCUACAAUCGAUUGUGCUCCCCUGCGACUCUCUCUCCACUCUCUGCUCUCAUUCGAA